CGCCGGUCACUAGGUCGCAGCACCAAUUUGCGCGGGAAGAGACUCACGUGCAGCGCGCAUGCGCCGUGCGCCCAUAAGCAAAACAAAAAUGUCGUCCAUCCGACCAGAAAUCGGUCUAUUUACCAUGGCGUUGUUCGAGAAUUUAAGGAAACAAUACAGCGAAUAUCUCAAAGAAUGUUUUACCGGUGACGCCUCGGACGUAACAAAGUUCCAAAAAAAAUGUUCACAAAUCAGCAAUGCAGGAGAAUUGGAGAAAAAAGCAGCUGUUGAUCAGGCCCUGCGCGAUCAUUUGCUGACAAUAAUACGGGAUGAUAAAACUGGCAGAGUUCAAGAUCCUGAGCCAUACAUUAAAUUUUCCAUCGAAAUGUGCCGCAAGGAUUUGGCAACGGCGAGUAUGCCAGUAAUGUUGCUAAGCGACAUAUUUGCAGCAAUGACUCUGGAUAGAUGCGAACUACUCUUUGCUUUCGUCGAAAGCAACGUCACUGUAUGGAAAGAAGACAUUUUUUUCAGUUCAUGCAAAAACAAUUUACUCCGUAUGUGCAACGACCUUCUCAGACGCUUGUCACGUUCCCAAAGAACAGUAUUCUGUGGAAGAAUUCUUCUUUUCCUUGCCAAGUUCUUCCCAUUCUCAGAACGUUCCGGGUUGAAUAUUGUCAGUGAAUUCAAUCUGGAAAACCGCACAGAAUUUGGCAAUGAUGAAUCACAGGAUGAGGAUCUCCUCAAUGAAAGCAAUCGUGAACAGCAAGCGCUUGAAAAUAAAAUACUCAUUGACUAUAAUUUAUAUAGAAAGUUUUGGGCCUUGCAAGACUUUUUUAGAAAUCCUAAUCAGUGUUAUAACAAAGUUCACUGGAAAGUCUUCUCUGCGCAUGCGAGCAAUGUUUUGGCUGCCUUCUCGUCUUUCAAGUUAGAGGAUCAGCGAGGAUGUACUCUGUCGCCGGAUGCAACUCGCAAAGAAACUCACUACUUUGCCAAAUAUCUUACCAAUCAAAAGCUGCUUGAGCUCCAACUUUCAGACUCAAAUUUCCGUCGUUACGUGUUAUUACAAUUCCUCAUAAUAUUCCAGUACUUGAAUAGUACUGUCAAGUUCAAAGCCGAAAGUCAUGAGCUCAAACCUGAUCAAAUUGAUUGGGUGAAGUCAACGACGAGCCAAGUUUAUGCUCUUUUGGAAGAGACGCCGCCCGACGGACCAAGCUUUUCGGAAAGUGUAAGAAAUAUUCUGAGGAGGGAGGAACACUGGAACGCCUGGAAAAACGAAGGUUGUCCAGCGUUCAAAAGACCAGUAUCAGAAAUUAGUGCUUCUGGAGAUACCAGCGAAGAACCACGAAGAACAAAGAGGCCCCGUCGAAGACUGGGAGACGUGAUCAAAGACGCUGAGAGCGUCGGUAAAUUCUACAUGGGAAACCCUGAACUAACAAAAUUGUGGAAUCUUUGCCCAAACAAUCUCGAAGCCUGCAAAUCCAAGGAUCGAGAUUUCCUUCCAUCUUUGGAAACUUAUUUCGAAGAAGCCAUAGAACAAUUAGAUCCAUCAGCGAUGGUGGACGACGAAUAUAAAAAAGUGAACGACGGUAACUUUGGCUGGAGAGCUUUGAGAUUGCUAGCGAGGCGGAGCCCGCACUUUUUCGUUCACGGAAAUUAUCCUAUAAACAAACUUCCCGAGUAUCUCGAAACGAUGAUAAAAAAAAUUGCGAAAGACAGACCACAAGCUCAUUCCGACGCCAAAAUUGAAACCGAAGAAACCCCACCGCCAGAAUCAAACGACCAAGAAUUCAACGAAGAUGUGUUGAAACAAGAAGCCGAACAGGUCGAUUCCGAAAAUGCUGAGAGUAAAGUUGGUAAACUUAACCACGUGACCCCGGAUAUGAUAGCUCGAUUAUCCGAGGUCCUUAAAGACGAUUGGCAAAAAUUGGCACCGAAACUUGGUUACACACCGGAAGAGAUUAUAUUUUUCGAAGGAAAACCAACGCCGUACGAGCAGUGUAAAAACGCGUUGGAAAUUUGGGCGGAAGAGGAUGAGGACGCGUCGGUAGAGAAUUUGAUGUAUAUUCUCGAAGGUCUGAACUUGACCGAGGCUCUUGCGAUACUCAAGUCGUAAAUAAAAAUAAAUCGGAUUAUUAUCGGCAAAGUA